GUUGAGGACUUUGCAUACGGUUUCCUUUGAUCGCCACGAGGUCGCGCCAUAUCUUAUAGGAAGAAUAUAUACAUUUUCAAUUUUGUGCGUAUGUUACGAGGAUUAAAUCGAGUUCCUCGCCUUACAGUUUAGUCCUUUCGGGCUCGUGAAGGAUUCAAAUGAUAGCAGGUCGCGCUCGCUGCUGUGCCCGAGUGUGCGGAGUGUUUGAUGCUAUUUAUUUGCUGGCCAUUUUUGUGUGAUAUUUUGCUUUCAAAUAUUAAAUGCCAACCUGAAGGAAAAAAAACGAGGUGAUGUGAUAGUACACAUUCUCAGUUCGAGAAGAAAUAAAACUCGCGCGAUGAGUUGUCCCCGGUGUGUUGGUGCUUUGACCACUUGUUUGAUUGUGUGCGGUUUUUAAGCCAUGUUACUUAAGUGCCGCGAAUACGAAAGAUAGAGUGUUUGCGUAAAACUCAUCGUGAGUCGCGGAUCUGUGUGUAGAGAAAAAUUUUCCAUAUACAAACAUCGGUGGUCUUCUUUUUAUUUGCGUGAAUUUUUCUUCCUUGACACUGUCCUGAUAUAAUUACUUUCCGAGUGUAGUGUGCUUCCCGAAUGAAUUCAACGUCUAAAGGCAUCGACAGACAAACGAAGAGAUAAUAUACGGCAACGAUAAGCCAUGUCGUCGGUGUAUUUGUUAUCCAUUGAGGUUUAUUAUCAGUGUUCCAAUCCAACAUUUGUAUUGCGAUGUGUACUGUACCGGCAAUGGUAUUCGGGAGAAAUGAAACGCAAUAUACUCAUAUGAGUUAUAGGAAACAGCAGUUUUGUGCCAGAUUGAUUUUGGUUCAAACAAUGUGCCAAGUUAACUCUUUUCCGGGUUGUCCCAUCGAUAGGAGAUAACAGAACGAGUGCACAUAUGCUACAUAUUGUCUGACCAGCGAACGUCACCACAAGUCGAUCUUUAUUGAGAGGCCAUUACCAGCAACGAUUCACUAAACUAGCAGCGAGAGAUAGCGCGCGAUCACCACCACAUGAACAAGUGAAUUAAUUCCAAUGUUUCCUCGUUUGCCUCCUCCAAGCAUGACCGACGGACGCUAUUGCCAUUACCUCCACCUGCGUCUUCGGUAGGCCUAUACCGUGUAGAAUCUUGUAGUCCAUUUUUUGAUACGCUCAACUCGAAUCUCCUCUAGUGGCGUGGCAGUGUCCACCAACACGAAAGCGAAGAUCAGAAUAAUUUGAACGUUUGAGACAUUUAUUUGAUAUUAUAAUUUUAACUAUUCAGAAACGAGAAGUCGAACUAGCUUGGCUCAAACUAGCCAGACUGUUUGAAUAUUCUGAUCAGCAGCAGCAAUAUAAAUGCGACUAGGAAAUUACUGACGGCUGCGGUUCAGCUGUUGGCAGCGGCCCAUGUCCGUUCACAAUUUGAAGUGCCUGUGUACGAAAUCAGCUCCGACUAUCAUCAAGCCAAUUGCUCACCCAAAUGUGGAGCGUAAUUGAAAUUAAUGAUCGAUUGGGGUCCGGUUGGAUCAACCAAGGUGGGCUAAAAAUAUCGGAAUGAAUUAGUAACACAGUUCAAAACAAUGAUGAUAGAAUCACAAAGUGGCAAAAUAUAGAAACAGAACGAAAGGCACCUUCUUCUAGUGCUUAUUACGUUUUCGAUUUUACCGGCGUGUUUGGGAACAGUUGCUGUGACGUAAUUGUGUCUGCUAGCUGACAAUCUCGGUUUAGUGAAUCUACAAAUCGGACUAGAUCGUGCCACUAGAUUACGGAAGUGAUUUUUUAUAUGAAUUCAUUAGCUUUUACGGAAAAAACUGUGAUUGCGUGAGUGAAAAUUUGAAACACCUAAUUACAAUUCGUAUCAAAAUAAACGGUUGUGAAAGAGUGAGACGGUGACGGGACGAAGAAAGUUUACAAUCAUUUCGCGACAAGUGAAUGUGCUAACAUACAUUACGGUACACUCACACCCGAAUACGUGCGAAUAUUCGUAUUUCGUGCCUCGUUGGAAGGCAGCUCCAAUCGUGCGGUAAUACUGUAAACACAGCCAAGCUCUCGGUAGGGGCACGCAGGGUUAGAAGAUGGAUUCCUUUGGAUCACCCUGGCCGGCAUCGUCGCGCGAUGGCCUUGAAGGUCUGUCGAAUGACGGUGUUCCGAUGGAUGCCCUCACCGAACUGCAAGAUGGAGCCUUCGAACCUCAGACACGUGCCCGAUCCAACACAUGGCCUCUGCCAAGGCCGGAGAACUUUGUCGAACCGGAAGUGGAAUCCGAAAGCAAUAAGUGUAGUAAUCAGCAGUUGGCAAGUACUGGUACCAAUGCAAAUCAACCGCAAUCAGUGUCGUCCACCACGAAGAAAAACUCUUCGCGCCGUAACGCUUGGGGUAACCUGUCGUACGCUGAUUUAAUUACACAAGCAAUUAGUUCAGCAGGUGAUAACCGACUAACGCUCAGCCAGAUCUAUGAAUGGAUGGUGCAGAAUGUGCCAUAUUUUAAAGAUAAGGGAGACUCCAACAGCAGUGCAGGAUGGAAGAACUCGAUCAGACACAACCUAUCGCUGCACAAUCGAUUCAUGCGAGUACAAAACGAAGGAACCGGCAAGUCAUCCUGGUGGAUGCUGAAUCCAGACGCGAAACCGGGCAAAUCGGUACGCCGGAGAGCGGCCUCGAUGGAAACGUCCAAGUACGAGAAGCGCCGCGGCAGGGCUCGGAAGCGAGUCGAAGCUAUCCGACAGCAGGCGGCUUUGGGACUUGCAACUAACGCUUUAAACGAUGCCACUCCGUCGCCCAGCAGUAGCAUAAGUGAAAACUUGGACGCGUUUCCGGACAGUCCCCGGCAGAGUACCUUUCAACUGUCCCCCGACUUUCGGCAACGUGCCUCGUCGAAUGCGAGCUCAUGCGGUCGCUUGAGCCCGAUCCAGUCUAUAGUAGGAAUCGAUAACACGUGGACCUAUCCGCCGGAUCUGGCAGAACUGGCAGACCCUACGGAGAGUGGUCAGAUCGUCGAAACGGAGGUCACCCCCCAGGGGCAAUCCCAACUGGAUCAACUGGCCGGAUCAUUUGCGGAUGAACUUACACUGCAGCAGACUGAUUUCUUCAAAGGGUUCAACCAAGCAACGACGCUUCACAGCCAACCUCCACCACCAUAUCAGCCACCGCAGCCGUACUCUUUGCAUGCGACGGUGGCCCAACCAUUCGGUUUCCAGCAGCAGCAGAGCCACUGUCCGAUUCACCGCCUGCAACAGUGUACCUGUAUGCUACAAAACAAUGCCCGCGAGAGCAUGUCGCCCGCGUCCGGAACCGGCAUGUCACCGUCGUAUCCCCAUAGUGAACCGUCGCCGGAUUACGCCAUGCUGGUGGGAGCACGUGUGAUACAGCGAACGCCAUCGACCAGCCCUCCGUUGACACCAAACACCGUUUGCGGUAUGGUGACGACGCAUCAGAAUGACAAUACUCCGCAAACGUUAAUGGGCCAAUUUAUGGAGGCGUUAAAUAAUCAAACAAAUAUAGACGAUAUAAACAUCAACUUGGAGUCUUUUCCCGGCGGAUUGGAGUGCAACGUUGAUGAAGUGAUAAAACACGAGCUUAGUAUGGAAGGAUCGCUGGAUUUCAAUUUCCCAAUUUCGAACCACAGCACCUACACACCAACCAAUAGUUCUAACUCGCAGGAUUCGACAAUCAGUGCAAUAGCCGCAACACCGAACCAGGCAACCGCACCGCUGCCCCACGGUCAGUACACAGCCCGGACGAGCGUCACACCACCGUCCUGGGUUCACUGAGGGUGGCUGUGAAUUGGAGCGUACUUGAUGGAUUCGCUUCUGCGAACACGAUGUACAUCCAAUGGCUAAGCAAAUUGGCGUUCUAAUUGCAAUCGUGCGCCAGAACAGGUAGCAGCUUCCGUCGCUUUGAGCCGAGCUCAUGAGAACGGACCCUCGACAUUGGCCUCUAUCGAAUUACAUAAACUAUCCCUAGAUACUGGAAAGUGCAGAGAAGUAUCGCCACGAUUAACAUAUAUUCCUAUAGCAGUUUUCCUCCCGGUUUUUUUUUUGUCGGUUUUUGCUAAACAAACAUUUCUUUAUUUUAAGAAUCAAACAAUAUAGCAGUGCAGUGUGGGAACGGGUGGGUAUGUUUUUAUAAAUCAAAGUUUGAUACAAAUGUUAGCAGUUCUAAAAUUCAGGAGAUUUUUUUGACAGCAUUCACAUGUGGAAUCUAUCGGUCUUAUGCUGCCACCGCAAACAAAGCUAUAAACUAUUAUUAACAAUUUUUCACAAACGCAACUAAGUUUUUAUUUUAUUUACUAACCUGCAAAAUUCAAUUAGAACACACCGGGAGGAACUUUGUGUCAAGUACAUAGCAAAACUCCAGUAAAGAAACAAAUAAAAUCAGGCCUGCAUUGCCGAAAAGAACAGAUUGAUAGGUAACCGUUUAAUAUGUAGCGAAAAUUUUAUCUGAUAGCAGUUUUUGCAGUAGGACUCACUAAGACAAAUAACGAAACAUAGCGCUGUUUUAUGUUUAAGCAAAACUACAUUGGUUUGUAUGCUAAGUGACUAGGUUUAACAAUUUUUCUGUUGUUUCGUUUAAAAACAUUGCUUAACAUACGCUCUAGAUUAGUUGUUGAAUUUUGUUAGGAGCCGUUGAACUAUUCUUUCUACAACUAAUCAAAUCUAUAGUGAUAUUACAGUUAGGCUCGGCAAGUAGAUGGUGCUUUUCUUUUACUUUCGGAAAAAUAAAAGCCCCGCCAAAGGAAAAACGCAACAGGUGGUUCAUUAUGUUUGGCACGUCCCACUGCACACAGUGGGCGGUGGAACACGAUGUUGCAGGUUUAGCCGUCGCACAAACCAACUCCUGCACGCGGCAGUUUGCUCUGGUUUACCAGCAUGCUGUCAGUGCCAGCUUUUUUGCUCAACAGUACAUACCUGCCGCCAUCUUUCGUUCAACGCUUCGCUUCGUAGAAAGCUCACAACGCGAUUAGCAAGCAGAUAAAAGCUGUAGUCGUUAUCGUUACGGAAAUUGGGGUUCUGCUUUACAUUAUUAUAGAAUAAUCAGUGCCAUUUAAUGAAUCUUGUAUGAAUUUCAAUCUUCACUCUAAUGCUCUUCGAAGAAAAAUAGCAGCACUUCGCAAAAGAGAAUAACAAUGUAAAUACAGUUCGAUCGUUAGCAAUUUGUACAUAUAGUUACCAAAUAUGAAUACUAUUAAAACAUAAACCGGUAAGCCCCUCCCUAAUCAUAGAAGAUUGCCGAUCAAAUCCUGUCUAAAAUGAGUCAAUUUUUACUUUUUUGAUGCAUCGUUCGAGAGCGUUUUGAUUGCGGAAGAAUGAAAUUAUUAGAAUAAACACACACAUUUGGCGGUAACAUUGUUUCAAUCAAAAACUGUACAUAUAAAGGAAAGAUAGGUGGCAACAUUUGAUCGUACGCUAAUGUUUAAUAAACAAGUGGUUAGUAGUGGUAACAAAAAAAUGUAUAUUCAUAGUAGAAAGCUUAGUAUGUUAGGCACUUAACACUAAGAAAUGUAAGGCGAUUAAUUGAGUAUAGAAAAACUGAAAUUCACAUACAGACACCCACAAAAACUAAUUCGAUACAUCUUCAAAGUUGAUAGAACAAACUGAUCUUUGAUGACCAAGGAAUAUCGUGAAAUUGAAUGUGUUCGUUAAAUUAAUUUUAAAUUCCAUUUUUACUUUUGUGGAUCCUUUUCUAGCGAUGGCCUGUGUGGUCAAAAAAAUGAAAAACUACCGGAAAUAAACAACAUUGUCGAUGAGAGAAAAAAAAAAUUGUUAGACACGAUUGAGCAUGAAAUGGCUUAGAAGCGAAUUUGCUAAUUUCUUGAAUGAAGUUAAAAAUGCUGACGGUAAUUUGUGGAGAAAUUGUUGCUUCGUACAAAUUAAUUUAUACUGCAGAAAAAUUAAAAACAGUAACAUUGAUUUUGGGUUUGUUAAACAAAUUGGAACAAUAAGAA